AUGCUCAAGUUUAUCAGCGUAGGCGUUUGGGGCCUUCAGGCCAUCAUGGCCAUUGUAGUACUCGCUCUUUCUAUUGAGCUGACCAAAGACAUAAGAGGGUUAAUUGACGACGGCCGCCCUGUUGCUGCAGUGCCAACGACCACCAAAUACAGCGUAUUCUGCGGUGGCUUUGGGCUAGCUGUUGCUGUUUUCGGCGCAGCUGCCGCGUUUUUCGAUUUCAUCCCGGCGCUUAUUGUGAUGGCAGCCGAUGCCGUCAGCGGGGUGUUGCUCCUUGCCGGUGGCAUUGCAUUUGCAAUCGGCCUUCGCGGGAUCACUUGCGACCCUGGCAACGGCGAAGAACUUGAAAGACUCUAUGAAAAUGACAUCAUCAACAGGGGAAAAACUAAGGCAGCAUCAGGAGACGGCUCGGCGAGCACCGGAACUCCCGAUCAAGUCGUUGGCAAUUGCAAGAAGGCCUUUGCUGACCAGGCCAUGCAAUUCGUGACUUGCGGUUUUGCCUUGGCCACGAUUGCUCUUGUUUUCUUGGUCUGGAAGAAGAACCGCUCUGGGGGCGGAAGAGCCUACGUUUGA